GAAAACGACGUCCGUCUGGGCUUUUAGCUCAACAAUGUGCAGAUUUUGGGGAAUAUUGAUAGAUUCGCAUAGGUUUACCUCAUAUUUCUAUAGACAAGAAUAAUAUUUAUUGAAUUGAUACCCAAAUGCGUCGAUGUAAUCUUUAUGAGCGCUUGCUGUUCUUAAGUACUGUGUUUUCAAUACAUACUGGCCGCCUGAAGGCGCUCUCUGCACAGAAAUUUCUUUAUAUAGGCCACACGAAGAAUAAUCAUUACCAUGUGAAAUUCCAGGAUUAAGUUAAUAUUAUUGCAAGACAAUUGGUGUACCACUUUUUUGAAAGUGUGUGAAAGAAGAAAUUCAAAAUGGAGAACAAACGAACAAAACAUGAAGUUGAAGGAUAUCUUCAUGACGUUUCAGAUAUUACAGAGGGGGCAAAUCGCCGUAAAUAUUUUACUGCCGUUUUGCAGGAGGCAGGAAGAAACAGCCGGGUAGUUGUUUUUGAUGUACAGAGGCAUCAUGUUUUUGUAAAUGCCCAGAAAGACAGGAGUCCAGUAAGGCUGUGUGAGGUGGCAUUGUCUCCAUCACGACAAAAAAAAGGAGAGGUUGACAUCAUUGUGAACAACUCAUCUUUGUUGACUUGUGUGCGCAGGCUGGAGUUUGCCUUUGAUAAUUCUACAGGUGAUGUUGUUGAAGACUGGACAUGUCAACAAAUACUUGAAAAUCCUAGAGAAUAUCAAAGGGUGAACGUUACAAUUAAAGUAGUCCAGUUGACUGAGGAGACCCAGUCAAUGACUCGUAGCAAUCAAAGAUUGCUAAGACGAUCGUAUGAUGUGGCAGAUCAAAGCAGUGCUUUAUUGUUGACUGUCUGGGGAGGAGAUACCCUUGUGCCCGGGAAGUGGUACAAAAUAAAGAAUGUGUCAAUUCGUCAAUUUGAUGGUUGCACUUGUUUAUCAACCACGAAGCAGUCUGUUGUGACAGUUGUGCCUGAUGUAUCAAGUGAUGUUGCACAAGUAGUUGACCAAUUUAAGGUCCAAGAUGGAGAGGUUGUGACGGCAGAAGUUCAAGCUGAGUAUCAGUGUCCAAGGUUGCAUCCUUUGCCUGCAGUCAAUUUCCAGACCCUGAUGACGAGGUGUCCAAAAUGUGCCGCAUACUGCAAAACAUCCAAAGUAACGUCAGUACUUCGUGCAACUGUUACUAUACAGGACAAGUGUGAUCAAAUGAACACUUUUGAAAUGGAUAAUGUUGUGCUUCGUGAGUUGUUGGAUGUUCCAACACACAGUCAGGUGGAACCAGAUGACUUGGCAGCGAAGUUGCUAAAUGAUGAUGAGGUCAAUUUGCACAUAAAAUACAGAGGAAAACGUGUUGUCUCUGCAUCAUUCAUCUCCAAGGCAGCAAAUCAGUCUUCUGAAUCACAAAGCAGAGACGUUGCGGUUACAUCAAGAAUGCAAGAAUCUGAAGGACUGUCUGAAGAUUUCAUGCUGGAAGAAAUGUUUAUGGAAGAAACAGCUGAAUGUUCAGAAGUUGUUAGCCAGGGUUUGAUGGAGAAGGGUAAAGAAGGUGUUUCUGAGACUGCAAAACAGUGUUUUGAAACUCGCAAGAAAGAUGCUAGCCAGGGUUUGAUGGAGAAUGGUAAAGAAGGUGUUUCUGAGUCUGCAAAACAGUGUUUUGAAACUCGCAAGAAAGAUGGCAGCCAUGGUUUGAUGGAGAAGGGUAAAGAAGGUGUUUCUGAGUCUGCAAAACAGUGUUUUGAAACUCACAAGAAAGAUGUUAGCCAGGGUUUGAUGGAGAAGGGUAAAGAAGGUGUUUCUGAGUCUGCAAAACAGUGUUUUGAAACUGACGGGAAAGAUGUGGGUCUGGCUUUGCAGGAAAAGGACCUGUUUGACAACAGCAAGGCUGGAGUUUGUUUUGAAGGUGCAUGUAAAGCCACUGUUAAAUCAAGUGGAAAAGGUUCUAAGAAAUGCCACAAAAAGUAAAGAAGUUCAGUUCAAUACUUUGAACUAGUUUUUUCUCUUUUUCUUUUGCACAAAAUAAAGUGAAUUUUUGUUUUAUAUUAUAGUGUUACAAUACAUGAUCACAUGUAAAGCCACUGUUAAAUCAAGUGGAAAAGGUUUUAAGAGAGGCCACAAAAAGUAAAGGUGUUCAGUUCAAUAGUUUGAACUAAUUUUUUCUCUCUUUCUUUUGCACAAAAUAAAGUGAAUUUUUGUUUUACAUUAUAGUGUUACAAUACAUGAUCACAUGUAAAGCCACUGUUAAAUCAAGUGGAAAAGGUUUUAAGAGAGGCCACAAAAAGUAAAGAUGUUCAGUUCAAUACUUUGAACAAAUUUUUUCUCUCUUUUGCACAAAAUAAAGUGAAUUUUUGUUUUAUAUUGUAGUGUUACAAUACAUGAUCACAUGUAAAGCCACUGUUAAAUCAAGUGGAAAAGGUUUUAAGAGAGGCCACAAAAAGUAAAGAUGUUCAAUACUUUGAACUAAUUUUUUCUCUCUUUCUUUUGCAUAAAGUAAAGUGAAAUUUUGUAUCAUUUUAUAGUGUUACAUCACGUAAAAGAGAUGUAAAUGUAAGCAUUUUUCAUGUUUAAUUAUUGCGGAAACUGUUUGUUCACAUUUUGGACAAGUUUUUACUUAUUUAUAAUGUCCAUAUGUUAUUGUUAUUUGUGUAUUUUUUGUGUUUUUAUACAUUUUGAAUGUAAGAAAGCAGUAAAAAAUUGACGCAUGUUAAAGUUUUGAAAGGUUAUUUCACCCAAAAAUUGAAUUAUCAUCAUUACUUAUACUCAUGUUGUUUUACACCUGUAAGACCUUUGUUCAUCUUUGUAAAACAAUUUAAGGUUAUCUUUCAUGAAAUCCAAAGGCAUGUAAGAUACAUAUAGAUAGCAACAUCAUUGUAUUGUUUGAAAUUCAGAAAGGUUGCCAAAUCAUGCUUUAAGUAGUCAACCUUACUAUAACUUUAAUAUUAUGGCGAUUUUUGUGUAUAAAAAAUAGACUUUAAUAAUUUGAUUCUUUGUCAUUAUAGUUUAUCGUGAAUUUUGUGCAGUUUUUCUUGUUUACAUCAAAGCUUCAAACUUUUCCGUCCUUUCUGGAUUUCAAGAGGUAAAAUUAUGUAACUGUAAUGUUUGGGUUUAGAUGAUAUUUGAAAAUAUCUUUUUCAUUGUUUUAUGGUAAAUAUCUUAAUUUGUUUUACAAAGAUGAAGAAAUGUCUUUAAGGUGUGGAAAAACAUGAUGGUGAGUAAUUAAUGAUAAAAAUUGUAUAUUUGGGUGAAAUUGUUUUAAGUAGAGGUGAAUGUGAAGUGAUGCAUAUUAAAAGUAGGUUUGCAAGGUUCGUUUUGUUUUCAUGAGCAAAAAAAUGUGUUUAUAUUGAGGAUUGUUUAAUAAAGUUUUUUUUUGCUAAAAGUAAGUGUAGUUUUUAAUUUUAUAUUGUGUUUUGGCGUUUCCUGGUUGUGUUUGUGCAAUUCACAUGAACAUAUUUACAACAAUAGUGGAAAAUAAAAUGGCAGGUUAACGUGG